AUGAACACAAGCACCAAUUUAUUUGAUGCAUUACUGUCAAGGGUUGAACCACAUCCCGUCGGGAUGAUCGCCACACUGGCGCAUAUUGCGCAAAAUUGGGAGUCCGUUGGGAACGAGUUUUUGAGGACUUUUAAGGAUUAUCCCUAUUUUCUGGCCGCAAUCAAAGGGAUCAGAAACGGACUUAUCUAUGGGACAAGAAUCAGAGCACCGCACGCUUUUGUCAUGGUUUUCUUGUUCGGGCAGGGAACAUUGCUCGAGAAAAUCCUAACGAUUCUGCGGUUGACAAGAAUACACGCUAUGAAUCUGGCUAAAUUUGCAUUCUCCUUUCGACUCGUCAAAGAAUUUCUGAUGAGAAUUGAUGGCACUAAAGGACAUCCACGUGAAUGGCAGUCUUUUGUUGCUGGUGCGAUUGUCGGAUACUUUGUUUUUGGCGAUGAUAACUCGGUAAACAUGCAGGUCAAUAUGUAUUUGCUUUCUCGAAUUACGAUAGGUCUGGCUAAACUACUGGUUAAGAAGGAAGUUAUACCACAGCCAAAAUUCAAAGUCUUUCCGGUGUAUGCUGCGUUCUGUUGGGGUGUCGUGCUAUGGUUGUUCGAACACUACACAGAUGUGCUGCAAGGGUCCCUGAUCAGCAGUAUGACAUACCUGUACAAGGAUUCGAAUUACUGGACCGACUUCAAAACGUUUAUGAUUCGAAACAAAUGA